AGGUGGUUGGUAUGACGUGCAGGAGGCGGGCAGCUAGGCGGCCGGGUGCUGGAGUGACCAGUGUGGCGGUCAUAGACACUCGUGUGAGGUGUGUCUGUUGUCAGGGCGGCUCCAGCUUCAAUGACCCUGCCACAGAACUUCUCGUACUAGUAGUGUCAGGUGUUGGAGGCCCUUGUGUGGCGGCCGAGCAAUUGUUCAGUGUUUAUUGACAUGUGUGUGUGGCAUGUGUUUUGAAGUUGACGGUAUUUAAAUCCCUUGAACUAGCAGGGUACAACACUUUGCGGUUGUAACACCCACAUGACCGUGCCCAGCUGAGGCUCACGUCGUGGAAAUGUAGUGUAACUAACGACAAGACGCUGAAGGACAGUCGGAACCAUUUACACAAGACGAAAGCAGUUUGGGGGGAAGAUGACCUCGCGUAUCCAAGACCCAAGCCCUUCGAGCCCUCCGCUCUUGAGCUGGGGUUCGAGCAGCCCCCUAGAGGGCCGUGGUGCCCCUGGGGGUACAGGCGGCGUGUCCUGGGGCAACCUGGAGGACACGGCUGAGAGCGAGGGGCUGAGGGAGGCCUGCGGUGUGUUUGGCUGUGUCCUAACUAAGGACGCCGACCCUCAGGCCGUCAACGUCGCCCACGUUAUCUACGUGGGUCUGGUGGCUCUCCAACACAGAGGUCAGGAGAGCGCUGGCAUCGUCACCAGCGAGGGUCGAGGUAGCAUGGAACUUCAUUACCACAAAGGAAACGGACUUGUAGCAACCAUCUUCUCCGACGACAAGCUCAGCAAACUCAAAGGUAAGGUGGGUAUAGGGCACUCCCGGUACUGUACAGCCGGUGGGCGUGACCCCUCCAACACGCAACCCUUCAUGGUCCACACCAGACAUGGUCCGCUCGCCACUGCUCACAAUGGUGAACUCAUCAAUGCUGUCGCCCUGCGUAAGACGGUUUUGGACAGAGGUGUUGGUUUAUCAACACAGUCAGACUCUGAGCUGAUCACACAGAUGCUGUCACAGACACCACCUCGAGGAGAGAAAUCUGGUCCUGACUGGGGUGCCCGGAUACGACAUCUGAUGGAAGCUACUCCCACUGCAUACUCCCUGGUCUUGCUGCACGAGGAUAAGAUAUAUGGCGUGAGGGACCCUUUUGGCAACCGGCCCCUCUGUAUAGGCCGACUCAUGCCUGUAAAGGAUAUUUAUGAUGGAAUGGAUUCGCCAAAACCUCUAGGCUGGGUCCUUAGUUCAGAGUCUUGUGCAUUCCAGUCUGUGGGUGCUACACUUAUGCGAGAGGUUUAUCCGGGCGAAAUAGUGGAGCUGGGUCCAGAGGGUGUGCGAUCGCUUGACAUUGUACCCCGGCCAAAGCCUGCCAAGCCAUUCAGUGAAGCGCACGAAGACCCCAACCACACUGACCAUGCUGAUAUCCUCCAGGGACCACCCCCUGCCUUCUGUAUCUUCGAAUAUGUUUAUUUUGCUCGGGCCGAUUCUAUAUAUGAAGGUCAACAAGUAUACAGCGUGCGACAACGAUGUGGGCGGCAGCUAGCUAUAGAAUCUCCUGUUGAAGCCGACAUUAUUUCCACAGUUCCAGAGUCUGCUACACCAGCAGCCAUUGGAUUUUCUCUUCAGUCUGGUAUCCCAUAUGUAGAAGUAUUGUGCAAGAAUCGUUAUGUUGGACGUAGUUUCAUCCAACCCGACACUCGAUCCAGACAGCUUGCUGUUGCCAAGAAAUUUGGUGCUUUGACUGAAAAUCUUGCAGGCCGUAGAGUUGUUCUGGUGGACGACUCAAUUGUGAGAGGUACCACUGUAGGACCUAUUAUCAGACUGCUGCGACAAUCUGGUGCUCGGGAGGUUCACAUUCGUAUUGCCUCGCCACCAAUUCAUCACCCAUGUUACAUGGGCAUUAACAUUCCAACACGAGGAGAACUCAUUGCGAACAAGAAGCCACCUGAGGAGCUCGCAAAAUUUAUCG